AUGAACAGAUUGAUAUACUACAGACCAUCCUUUCUUCGAGCAGGACGCAUAACAGUCUCGCUUCGUCGGCACGUGGCUACUUCACCACCCAAACAUCCCAAUCCCAGCAACUUUGCAAAUCGAUCGCCAGAAGAGAUGUCUGAGAUCGGCCACCGAGGCGGGAAGAAGAUUGGAGGUAAGGCUCGAGGGGUGGGUGGAUUUCACGACAUGGACCCGGACAAGCAGCAUGCCAUAGCCUCACGAGGUGGACGCGCAGCACGUAAAGCUGCCGAGCAGACAUUGGGCAACGAUGCAAAACAACCACCGAAACGUAAGCCCCAACCACUCUGGCGCUCUCAUGAGCCUCCGAUCAUUGCACCGGCUUUUGGAGAGUGGCAGACUUGA